AUGGAUGACCAUGGCGACUUCGACAGUGUUUCCUGGCGAAAUGAAUCAGAGAGUCACGUAUCCGGACCAACUUCCGCAGAGCCCUCACCUGAAGCGACACUUCCAACUAGAAUUUCCAAUGGCAAGCGCAGACUGAGUUCGCAGCACCAACACCAUGAUCCUCAGGCUGGUGAGCAUGCGGAGCCAAUCGAUCUGGGCGGCAUUGGUGAUGGAUUUCUGGAAUGCACCGUUGGCUCACCGUUAAAGGAGAAUGACGGCACAAAGGAUGCUUAUGUUUCUUAUCUCAUCACAACCACGACUGAUUUCAAAUCAUUUCAAUGCCCUGAGUUCUCGAUCCGAAGACGGUUCACGGACUUUGUUUUUCUACGCCAGACUCUCUAUCGUGAAUAUCCAGCAUGCGCAGUACCUCCGUUACCUGAAAAGAACAACAUGGCUUACGUGAGGGGGGACCGCUUCAGCAUUGACUUCAUGCAAAGACGGGCAUGGUCUUUACACCGAUUCAUCAAGAGGCUAACGCUGCAUCCCGUGCUCCGUAGAGCCCCAAUAUUUAUACUGUUUCUGGAGACGAGCGAUUGGAAUGCACAAAUGAGAUUGAGACCGAGCCGAGCAAAUACCACGGGCGAAGCUCCUGGAUCACCUGGUGCCCCUUCUGGAUUUUUCGACAAUGUAGCUGACACCAUGCUAAACGCUUUCAGUAAGGUACACAAGCCAGACAAGCGUUUCCUGGAAGUCUAUGAAAGGACCUCUAAGCUAGAUGAAGACCUGACGCAUGUUGAAAAGAUUGUGGCUCGAGUGGCUCGUCGGGAAGGAGACCUUGAAGUGGAUUACAAUGACCUAGCGACCAACACGAAGAAACUCGUUGCCUUAGAAUCUGGCAUUGAAAUGCCACUUCACACUUUUGCUGCAUGUGUUGAAGAGACAUCAAAGGGCUUUAAGGCCUUAAAAGACCACACUGACCAGAACUACCUCGGGAGUCUACGCGAUAUGCAAUCAUACAUCACUUCGAUACAGUCACUGCUGAAGACCAGAGAUCAGAAGCAGGUGGAUUUCGAGGCUUUGACAGAGUAUCUACAGAAAGCCGCUGCAGAGCGUGACCAUCUUGCCAGCAGCAACGCUUAUUCCUCGUCCGCUUCGAAUCUCAAUCCCGCAACUUUCAUCCGACACAAGAUGGAGGAUAUGCGUGGAGUCGAUCACGAAACUGCCAAGCAAGAUCGAAAACGAAAGCUUGAAUUAAAGAUACAAGAAUUGACCAGGGAAGUGGAGAGCGCCAAACAGACCAGCGAGAUGUUCGAUGAGCAAGUAGUACGAGAGGUCGGCGAUUUUGAGAGGAUUAAGGGCGCUGAGUUUCGUGAUACUUUGGGCACCUUUGCGACCAAUAAUGCGGAUUUCUAUAGAAGGGUCAUUGACACCUGGGAGAGAUUCAUGGCCGAUAUGGAUGCCGAAGGGCCUGCUCAACCCAAGGAUAAAGGCAAGGCUGAGUCUUGA